UAUCACAAUGUAAUUUAUAUAAAUACUUACGCACGUGAUAUCUUAAUCAAACUUCAUUUCUUUCUUUCUUUUAUAAUCUUAUGCCAUUGAAUUAUUAAAAUAACGAAUAUGAAUAAAAACGAAAAGAUUCAGUUAUUACGAGAUUCAAUUGCCACUUUUCCUGAUUUUCCUAAACCCGGUAUUAUGUAUCGUGAUAUAUUUGGUAUUUUCCGCAAUAUUUCCGCAGUGAGAGCAAUGAAAGAUUUAAUAGUGGAACAUAUUUUAUUUCUUGAAGUAGAUUUCAUAGUUGGUUUAGAUUCACGAGGUUUUCUUUUUGGACCUAUAAUAUGCAUGGAAUUAGGAAAACCAUUUUUGCCAAUUAGAAAAAAAGGAAAACUCCCAGGAAAGGUUUUUAAUCGUACCUUUAAUUUAGAAUAUGGAGAGGAUACUUUUGAAAUACAAACAGAACAAAUAAAACAAGGAAGCCGAGUGCUUAUUGUAGAUGAUUUACUAGCAACAGGAGGUACCAUGGAAGCUGCAGUAGAAUUAGUGAAAGCAGUUGGUGGUGAAGUAAUUGAAUGUUUAACAAUAAUUGAAUUAAUUGGACUAAAGGGAAGAGAAAAACUUAGUGUACCUGUUCAUUCAUUUAUUCAAUAUGAUUCUUAAUUCUAAAAUAAUAUACAUAAAAAAUAUAAUUUUAUGUUUAAAGACAAUAUAAAAUACAAUAUUAUUAUUAUUAUUCUAUCAUCAUUAUUCACUAUAAACAAAGCAUUUAAAAAAAUAUUUUUGUAAUAUGCAAAAAUCUAUGUAUAUGACAAUUUUUUAUUAUAAUUCCAUAUAAAGAUAACAUAUUUUUAUAUAAAGAUAUUUUAUAAUCACAAUAUUGUAAAUACUAUACAUAAAUUUUAUAAUUAUAUGUUUUAAUAAGUUCUUAAAUGAUAUAUGAUGUUUUAUUAUAUUCUAAUCUUUCACAUAUUUAAAAAAAUAUAUUAAUUUUCUAUUAUAAAAUAUAUUAAGUAUUAAUUAUUCUGGAUUUUUGAGAUCUUAAUGAAUCUAAAAAACUUUGUACUUCAUAUUCCAAAUUGUCUACAUCUUGUUGUAAUUGUUGGUAAUAUUUUGUUUUAUCAUUUUUUAAAUCUACUAUAUCUUCAUUACUUGAAGUUUCUAAAUCUAAAUGUGGAAUAUCAUGAAAUUGAUCACAAAUACAUUUAUGUUUAGUUUUGUA